CGAUGAUGGAACAGUACCUGCUCCGCGUGCCCAAGAAGGUGGGCACGGAGCUCCGGAAGAAGAUCCAGGACAAGGACAUCAAGGGCGUCGACAUGGUCGCCGGCGCGGACAACAAGCAUUUCAAGUUCCACCUCGGCGACCAAGAGUACCCCGUGACGCUGAACCAGCUGCCGUGCAUUCUCGAGACGCACAAGACGUACGACGACAAUCUCUUUUACAAGAGCGGCGAGAUUGGGCAGAUCUUUAUGGUCCAUGAAAACGCGGAGAAGCAAAAGCUCUACGAAGACGUUGCCGAGCUCCCGAGUGGUAUCACGCCGCCGACCACCAACAUUGUCAAGCGCAAGUACUCCAAGACCAAGAAAUACCCGACCUUUCCCAAAUCUGACGUGGCCCGCGUCGAGGACAGCUUGAUCCGCAUCAUGGGCGGCGGCGUCAUCGAGGACGUGCAGGAAGAGCUUGUCGACUACUGUGACUGGAUGGUCACGGACGCUGAGCCCCACGGCAUCGUCGUUUACGACGAAAUGGACCUUAUCGUGCAACACCCCGAGUACUUGACGAUCUCCAAGAAGAAGGACCAAAACGAGAAGGAUGGCAACAGCGCUGGAAGCGUACUCGCUGACCGCGGACAGGCCAUCGACGACGCUCGGACGCCGGCGGACGUGCUCUCGGAGGAGGACGACGAUAUGGACGACGACGGGAAGAGCAAGCCCGCGACCGCAGCGUCGACACCGACCAACAGCGGCAACAAGUCGGCCGAGGACGACGACUUUGACGAGGACAUGGAGCGCAUGCUCAACGAAGACAUGGAGCGCAUGCUCAACGAAGACAUGGACGACGACGACGACGAUGACAAGUACAACCUGCAGGAAGACCCGCAGUACGUGGCCUUUGUGCGCCAGCGCCAAGUGCUGCAGAAGAAGCUCCACGACCUCGAGACGGAGAUUUUGACCAACCAAGCGAGCAUUUCAUCGGCGACCAACUUCGUGCUCAAGCAGCGCUUUCAAGUCAAGGACCAGACGCUGCAGCAACAGAAGGCGCAGCUUCACGACUCGCUCAACGAGACCAACCAGGCGAUCCAAGACCUCGAGGCCAAGGCCUAAGCGCUUGCCACUUGCCGCCUUUGGGUCUGGGAGGGUUAAUGCGAGAAAAUUAUGAAAAAGAAUGAGAGGAUAAUGGAGUUAGAUUAGGUGUAGG